GGAGCAGAACAGCAGCAAGGCCGAGCAGGUCCUCGCCGAGGUCGCCAGGGCCAUUGGCCGGUACCCUGUGGACUUGCGCGGGGCUCGGAUCCUGACGGGCAACGAGGAGGGCUCCUUCGGCUGGAUCACCGUCAACUACCUGCUGGAGACGCUCGUCAAGUUUUCCUUUGCAGAGAAAUGGGAACAUCCGUGGGACACGGAGGUUCUCGGAGCUCUGGACCUUGGGGGUGCCUCGACACAAAUAACCUUCCAGCCUGGAGUCACCGUGGAGGACAAGAACACCUCCGUCUUCUUCAGGCUCUACGGCACCAACUACUCGCUCUACACCCACAGCUACCUCUGCUAUGGGCAGACGCAGGCCUUGAAGAGGCUGCUGGCAGCUCUCCACCAG